AGAGAGCGAGCUCACACACACCAACAGCCCCCCUCCAUCAUUCCUCUAAACGAGCUUCGAGCUGCACGAUCUGCGCCUCUGCAGCGAUGCACGUUACGAGUUGGACGGGAUUCUCGGUAAACACCGCAAAGCUGGCACCGCCAUUCGUCCCCGCUGCAUCCCCCACAACUUGUUAGCGUGUGUGUGUGUGUGGGUGUGUGUGGAGCAGGAGGCGGGCUCGUCUUGUUUAUCAAAAAUGACUCGACAUGGCUGUGGCUCUGACUCAACGUACGCGGCUCCGCGAGCGACCCCAGGAAACCGUCAGCCGCUGAGGGAGUGAGGGGCAAAUCAUCUUGAUGAAAGUCAUCAGAGGACGAGCCUGAAUCAAGACGAGAAGACUCAGACCCUCUCAGCUCAACAGUGGGGUUGGGUGGCCAUGGACCCAUUCAGCCAGCUUAUCCUCACCAUCUCGGUGACCAGUUUCCUCACCUUCCAGUGGCUCUUCCACAAAGUCAGCCCCUGGAUGUCCAUGAGAAUCAGCCCCGGCUUCCUCAGCCUCAGCGACAAGCAGAAGGUCGAAUGGAACUCAAGGACAGUGUCAACGUUUCACGCACUGUUGGUGGGAAUCUUCUGUCUCCACAUCUUGUUUUUUGAUGAUGCCGUCAAUGAAGACCCAGUCUGGGGAGAUCCUACACUGGUGAAGACUAAUGUUGCCAUCACAACAGGCUACCUCAUAUCUGAUCUGCUGCUAAUAUUUUACUAUUGGAAGGCGAUAGGCGACAAGUUUUUUGUAGUUCACCAUCUGGCAGCAUUGUAUGCUUACUACUAUGUACUGGGCCAAGGAAUGUUGCCUUAUUUUGCUAACUUCCGUCUGCUUGCUGAGUUUUCUACACCAUGUGUGAACCAGCGCUGGUUCUUUGAGGUGCUUGGUUAUCCCAAGUCCUCCCGGCCCAACAUGGCGAAUGGCGUUGCCAUGGCAGUAGUCUUUUUCAUGGUCCGCAUCGCCGUCAUGCCGGUCUACUACAGUCGUAUGUAUACGGUCUAUGGCACUGAAGCCUUCUACCUGGUGCCCUGGGGUGGCCGUGUAGCCUGGAUCUGCUCCAGCAUCUGCUUGGACGUCAUGAACAUUAUGUGGAUGCAUAAGAUUGCCCGCGGCUGCUACAAAGUGCUGCGCUCGGCGCGCCAGAGCAAAGCCGGCGUGCCUCAGGAGAACGGGAAGACGGAUUAAGGGAACCAGGGUGUCAGCGGCGAGACAAUGCCACAGCAGAGACAAAACGACAUCACUCUCGGUGGACUGGCCAGCAGCAGCUUAGACACCUGCCCGUCACACCCGGGACGAGUGAGAUCACAGGACUGAAUGUAACGAGGGAAACUGAGAUUUUUGUGUCGUAAGUGGGCACCGUCUCCCAGCUGUACAGAUGGAUUCUUUAACUGGCCAUCCCUAAGCCAUGAAAUGACCUCUUAGCAAUACUCUGUGCGCAUGGCCAGUUAUUUUUCUCUUGAACAACUGACACAGAAGAGGUCGUCCUGGGACAGUGGACUGUUAGCCCAACCACAAAUUGUCAAAAAGUUUACCGUUCUUUACGUACUCAACAAAAGACUACAUUUUUUUUUGUAUUACUACUGUUGCCUGAGUCCCAGGAUAAAAGUGAUGAAUAAGGAAAAGGGAUGGAAAAAGUGAGGGAAACUCAAAAACAUUCAGCGAUUCCUCAUUGACAGUCAGUGCCAUGAAAUCAUUGUCAGAUGCUUGUUGAGGAGAAGGGUCAAGCAUCUCUUAGUUUUUCCUCAGUAAACCUUGAGCUAAAUUUGCAGGGACUCGACUGACACGGGAUGAAAUUACAUUAAGUGCAGUCACAGGGAGCGAAUCGGUUCAUCUCUAACCCACUGUCAUUCAAUUAAGAAAUUCGUUUACAAAGCCGGCCUUUAAGACUUUUAUUGGAAUAUUGUGAGUCUUUUAUUUGCAUUUGAAUGCGUUUGAAUUUAGUUUCAGUCAUGUGGGGUCAAACAGGCAUCAGUACGCUGUAUGUAGUCUGUUUCUUUUGUCUUGCUGGUGUCAAGGCAAAUAGAUUUUUAAAGAUAUGAUUCGAGAUAACUGUUUUAAUGGGAAGGAGACUGAUGUACAGAGUACCUUUAGAUAUGCCUGAAAGGGAAACUGAAUGUCAAUGCUUUGUUUGUACACUGACAUUAAGCAAUUCAAGAACAGUAAUUUUCCUUAAAGAAAUAUGGAUUUAAAGGGGAAUUCUGGUAUUUUUAAACCUGAGCUCCAUGUUUACAUGUUUUUUGUGUAUAAAGUUCAUGCUUUGCAAAUCCUUUAGAACUGGUCCAGUAGAUCACCUCAGCUGGCAGCAGCAACACGUGAUCCUUUGGGGCGACUCGGACCGUCACAGUCACGUCCACUGGAAGUGCUUGUCGCUCUGAAAUCUCGCGGGUGGUGAGUUGUUGCAGUUGUCACCUCAUCUGGUUUGUCGACAUCACCUAAACAUUCGGCCACGACCUUGGAAAUAGAUUCUUGCUGGUGGUUCCUCUCGGAAAACGCCAAACUUCUCACUCCAUCUCUGACUCACAUGUUCACUCCUGCAGCUUCCUGCAGCAACUGUUCUCUCGGAAGAUUUCAGAGUGAGACUUCUUCCUGAGCGAGGCUUGUUUCUGGUUAAACGUGAAAGGUUUUACUCUUUAACAAAAAAAGAGAUCCUCUCUGUAAUGUUCUCAGAUGCUUAGAGUAACGGGCUCCACCUGGGAGAGGCAAUAAAAGCAUUUUAAUUGGACAUAAGUUUGACUGCCCAGGCUGCCCCACAUAUGAAUCAUUUACACACAAAAUAUGUCAACGUGAGACUCGGGUUUAAAAAUACCAGAAUUCCCCUUUAAUGUGUAUACAUCCUGACACUUCACAGAAUGGAACAAGCGUCGCUGAGACGUCACUUGGUUUGGUCGAGCCUACAUUGUAUUUAUUACACACUGUGCAAUGUGGCGGAUUCAGAAUCAGUGUCAUAGACAAAGAUGAACCUACAGACAGGGAGCAGCUGCUUUGAAAUGUGUGUUUAUGUUAAGAGGUUUGGUGGAACAUGUUGACAGGACUCUGACACUCACACACACAGAUUUUAUUUCCCCAGCAUCAGGUGUUGGCCUUAGCUUUAUGGAAUAUUCACACUUCCUCUUUAUGAUAUGUUUUUUAAAUUUACCCCUGGGCAACAUUUGCUGACAAGCUGCAUGCUGCUUUGUGCGUUUGCCAUGAAUUGGAAUUUAAAUUCAGUACAUGAUUUCAGGUUUAUGUAAAAUCAAAGACAUUAUUCUGUGUUUCAGAUGGUUCUGUAUAUGUUGGAGCAUUGUGAGCUUCUUUCUCAUACAUAUAAUGUGCACUCCCAUAUUUAUUCAUUGAAUGCAUUUCAGGAUUGUCUUACUGUUUUCAGUGGGCAUGAAUUUAAUGAAAGGAUUGGUUUUUUUUUUUCUUCAAACCACCAUCACCCGGCAGUGCAUCCAUCUUAAUCAUCCUGCAUCUCUGAACACAGGAAAAAAAAUCCGUUCAGAAGACAAAUCAUGUGCUCAAAUUAAAAGCAACAUUUCAUCACUGACUUAUGAAACCUGCACCUGAAUCUUCAUCGCGAGUGCGUCUUUUCAGGCUGUGCAUCAAAAGCUUCUGUCGGAUGUUUUACGAAGCGCAAACGGGGUUCGCUGGUCUUUGGAAACUCGCUAUGCUGUGUUCAGAAUUUGAUUUUGUUGCCUUUUUAAAAACAACUUAUGAUUGCACAGUGAAUAUUUUGUUGCAUCCAGCUUCUCAACCACUGAAAAAUGUGUUGCUUUUCAGUUCUUCUGUGUUUCAAAUGUCUGAUGCCUGUCUGACGGCAUCGGCCUUUGUAACAGAUCAGUUUCAACUGUAAACCGAGACUCGUAAAGGUUGGUUGUUUUAGUGCUUUUAUUACAGUUUUAAAAUUUUUAGAGAUUUAUGUGUUUGCGCCAGUGCUUAAGCCAUUGCUACUCUUUUUUUUUUUUUCUUCAAAUCCCUGAGCAUUUGCAUACAACAGUGCCAACUUGCAACCAUGAUUUGAUGGUUCAGAUCAUUUCUGUCCACAAAAACGCUGUGAAUGGGGCUCAGUUUAGUUUGGCAUGUAAAACAGUGUGAAAGACUUGUCUCAGUUAGGCCACGGAUUCCAGGCAGCGUGUCUGGAACAGGAUGGACUUGGACUGUCGCCUGCUCUACAUGUGGACAUCACUAUCUCACACCUUAGGAGAGAGUCAGGAUGUGCCGUUUGUUCACAUUUCAGUGGAAUUAAAUGGAAGUCACUCGAGGGUUUCAGGACAGCAGGCUCCUUCUGGUUGAAUCGGGGGUGGCUCUGUAUGCAAGGUCAUGCAUGGUCAAUAUGGUCUUCUUCAUGCACUCUCUAUAACUGCAUGUGGUAUUGCAUGGGGAUUGCACUGUAAACAAAAUAGCAUUUACAUUUGCAAGGCAAGUUUUGUUCUUUUUCUUUUUCUUAGUACAUGUACAUAAUGUUUACUUAAACGUUAUUCUUGUACUGUGCCACAUAAUGUAACCCACAGAUGAUAAUGAUGUGAUGGGAACAUCUUAAAGCAGAUAUUUAGUAUAAUAUCCAGCACAGAAAAUAAUCAGUAAGGGAAUACUUGAAUACUAAUCAGCACAGUUUAUAACAAUCUGGGCAGUGCAAAUAAGCAUUAAUCUGAUGUGCAUCUUGCAUUACAAGCGUACCAUUGUCUUUAAUUUAUUAAUCCAAGAGACGUAGACGUAAAGUGAAGCGGAUGCUCGUUGGGAGAGCAGAGUGCUGCUGUCGGCUAGAUAAACUGGUGUUGGUGUUGUUUCUGUUCUGAAUGUUGUAUGGAGGUCAGACAUGAGUAGGUGGAGUGUUCAGUGACAUUCUAUGAAUGUAUUGGAGAAAAGUAAAAAGAAAAAAAAUUGUCAUUUACGUUUUCAUUUGUUCUUUACAAUAAAUCCCAAAUUAACUGA